AUGCUGUGGAAUUGGUACACUGUUGAUUCAUGUUUUAUUGCUCGCUCGUGGCACAUUACCUCUAAGGGGAUGUUUACAGGUAACUAUAUCGGAGUCGUUCUCCUCGUCGUCUUUCUCAAUACGAUCGCUAUAUUGUCGCACAAGUCCGCUUCUCCCGAUAAUGGUACAAGCAAAAUCCCUCCCACUAACUCCUCCGUCGCCCGUGCCCCCGUCGCAGCAUCGAACUUCCGUCCCAGUGUAUUGCAACAAACUAUCCGCGCACUCCUACACAUGCUUCAGUUUGCUGUUGCUUACUUCGUCAUGCUGCUCGCUUUAUAUUACAACGGGUACAUCAUAAUCUGCAUCUUCAUCGGGGCCUAUUUUGGAUAUUUCGUCUUCUGUUGGGAGAGCUUCAAUGUGGGGCAGGGUGGAAAGGACCGUAUGUAGGAGAAUGUGACU